ACUGCAUUUGUCGCGAAUACUUCGAAUUCGACUCAUCUGUUUUGUGAGAUUCAUACAAAAUGUAAUUUUAUGUAGGUACCAAGUCGUGAUUUUUUUCCUGUUCAAAAAAUAUGGCGAAUCCAGUAUCAACCGACGCUUUGGAAGGCCUUGUGAUCGCCAAAGUAGAUAAAAUACAAAAUGAGAAUGAAAAAAUCGUAGAAAGAUUUUUGAAAUUUUUCGUCAGCAGUGUGGGAAUUCCUCAAGAAUACCAGAAUAAAUUCAUACGUGAAUUCUGGUUCAAAAUUUUGAUAACGUUUUUUAUAACGUCGGUUUCUAGUCAAUUUUUGCAUUGUUUUUUUCUCAAUUCGAUCGGUGAUAUUAUACAAGCGUUGGUAUUCAUACUUCAUUCGGUGUUUUUGAAUUUCGCUACAUUUUUCAUCUUCGUGCGUCAGAAAUAUAUCGUCGAGAUGGUUAAAAUAAAGGACGAUUAUUUUUCCGGCUUUUACGAGAAGAGUUUAGUGAUGAGGAAUUACAUGACGGCUGAUGAUAAGUUCAAGAAUUUUUUUGUCAAGUUUGGUACUACGACUUGUUUGGUGCAUUUUUCCAGUACGGUCAUAUCGCCUUUACUGCAUUUUAUAUUUUCAGACGCUGAAGCUGGUAGUGAUGAAACUCUUAUCUUACCUAGUUGGUAUCCUUGGCAAAUAAGCAACGUUGUUUCGUAUUCUUUAACAUUUGGAUUACAAUUUAUUCAAGUCACUUCGUUAAUGGUACCGAUCUUGGGAAAUUUCAUUUUUGUCGUAUACUUCGUGAUAGAAAUUCGUAUACAGAAAACAAAUUUGUGCACUUCGUUGAGUAAUAUCGUCGUUUACGCCUACUGGGAAAGUAUGAGCAACGAAUCGCCAAUAUUUCAAAUGCUGUCAGCCAACAGCGGAGGGAACAAGUCGUAUGAUGAAUUACUGUUGGAGUAUUUGCAGGAUUGCAUUAAGCAUCAUAUUUUGAUCAAUUUGUUCAUACGAAACUUUAUUAAAUGCUACAAUUUGGUAUUUAUCGGAUGUUUAGCUUACAGCGUUAGUAAUUUAUCAUUGAUUGCUUACGUUGUGGUGUUACUCCAGAAAGAAAACGCGAGCUGGACAAGUUACAUUACUGCAUUGGAAGGUCUUGCUGUAGUCAUUGCAUUCAUAUUACUGUAUUGUUAUCUUGGAGAAGUGAUUACCUCGAUUAAUAUUGCCGUUAGAAAUGAACUAUACGAUAUCAAAUGGUACGAGCAAUCAGCCAAGUAUCGGAGCACCAUGCUCACAUUCAUGUGCUUAACGCAAAAAGAUAUCGUUAUGAAGGCAGGAGUACAGCAUAUAGCGUCUUACCAAUUAUUUGCAUCUGUUUUAAAAACGUCUUAUUCGUUUUUCAAUAUCUUAUACACGUCUGUCUAAAAGUUACUUUGUUGCCCAAAUUUAUGGAUUCUUUUUACCUAGAGUUACUAAUUACUCUUAAUAAAAUAUUCAAGCACUGAAAAGCAAACAAACAUGCGAAGGCAAAAAAUAUAUAUGUACAAAUUAAAAAUUGAAUAUUUUAUCAAGCCUGUUGUCAAUUUCCUUUGUAAUACUGAUCGACAUGAGGCGACGUGUUAUACCUACCUACAUUAUUAUUAUAUGUACUAAGAACGAUCUGUCGGACGAUAGGGCAAUUA